CAGGGGUCUUACAACCAGGGGUUCUUACGUCAGGGUGGCUUACAGCCAGGUGUUCUUACAACCAGGGGCUCUUACGGCGAGGGGUCUUACAACCAGGGGUUCUUACGUCAGGGUGGCUUACAGCCAGGUGUUCUUACAACCAGGGGCUCUUACGGCCAGGGGUCUUACAACCAGGGGUUCUUACGUCAGGGUGGCUUACAACCAGGUGUUCUUACAACCAGGGGCUCUUACGGCCAGGGGUCUUACAACCAGGGGUUCUUACAACCAGGGGUUCUUAAAACCAGCGGUCUUACAACAAGCGGUUUUUACAACCAGGGGUCUUACAACCAGUGGUUUUUCCAACCAGGGGUUCUUACAACCAGGGGUCUUACAACAAGCGGUUUUUACAACCAGGGGUCUUACAACCAGUGGUUUUUACAACCGGGGGUCUUACAACCAGCGGUUUUUACAACCAGCGGUCUUACAACCAGGGGUCUUACAACCAGGGGUCUUACAACCAGGGGUUCUUACAUCUAGGGGUCUUACAAGCAGAGGUUCUUACAACCAGGGGUUCUUAAAACCACUGGUCUUACAACCAGGCGUCUUACAACCAGUGCUUCUUACAACCAGGGGUCUUAGAAGCAGGGGUUCUUACAUCUGGGGCGUCUUAGAACUAGGGGUUUUUACAACCAGGGGUCUUAAAACCAAAGGCUCUUUAUCAACCAGGGGUUCUUACAACCGGAGGUCUUAGAAGCAGAGGUUUUUAAAACCAGCGGUUCUUUACAACUGGGCGUCUUACAACCAGGGGUUGUUACAACAGUAUUUGGGGCCUUACAACCAGGGGUUCUUACAACCGGGUGUCUUACAACCAGGGUUCUUACAACCGGGUGUCUUAAAACCAGGGGUUCUUACCACGAGAGCUGAAGUGGUGGAUUUGAUUAAGGAGGAGGUAAAUAUUGAAUAGGGUUUUUCUGUUAUAAGUGCAGUUCCUUAAAGCUGUUUUUAGUCAAUGAUUGCAGUCCAAGUAAAGAAGUGUUUUCACACUUUGUUAAUGAAUUAGAAUCAUCCCUUAUUUCAAAUUUUCCACUUUUGCAUUAUAAUUUCACGUAGUUGAUUAUGGUAAGCCAAGCUGCUUUGCUGAUUUUACUUAACUUGAAAAUUUUAUAACCAUUAAGCUUUGUUCACUGAAAAACUUUGGAUCGCUUUCUUUCAGGAGAAAACUAACUCUAAUGCAUCAGCAAAGACCAAUGAUAGCUCCGCAACGCCAUUAUCUGCACUGGUAAUUCUGUGUAGUAACUAUUUUUAACAACUUGUAGUUAUGAAGGUUUGGCCUAUAAAAGAGAAUUUCAUCCAUGUGCAUUUAUAUUGGCUGCAUUGCAGCCGGCCCACAGAAGGUUUAUGGUGUCUGUAAUGCAGGCUACAUUUAUACCCUCACUCAAAAGAAGUAUAAUAUUUUGAUUCUGUUUUAAAAUAACUUCAUUUGUCCAGCAAAUUUGAACAGCAGUUGUUUGGCAAAUAUGCAAGUAUUUAGUUUUAAACAUCUGCAGUCAGUUGGUCUGAACGUCUAGUAGUAACUUGCCGAGCGCCUACAAUUUGUAGAUAUUUAAAGUAGGUUUUAGUGCAGGCAACUUUUGUUUUUCACUUCUAUUAACUACGUGAACGUCUUACAUGUACGCUUUAACUGAAACGUUUGUAAAAUUUUAUUAUGAUCAUGUUUAAAUCGCGGUAACUGAAACUGAUACUCCAUUUUUUUAUUUUGUUCUUUAGAAAGAUCACGUCACAGGAGACCGAUACAAAGAAUUCUUAAAGGAACAAAAAAAGAGGAAAGAAGACCUGGCAGUUAAACGUAAAAGCGCAACCAAGAAACUGAAUUUUCCUGAUUCUUCUUACGAUGUCAUCAUGAAAAAGAUUGAUUCUCCAGACAACAUUAGCCUGGUUAAAAAGCAGCUUGAGGCACAAACAAGAGAGCAUAAUCUUCUAAAGAAUCAGAUCCCAGAUCAUGAGCAAUUCCUAAAGGUAAGCACAAAGCAAUGUAGUUUCUUUAUUCUCUGUCAAGAAUCAGGUUGCAGUGGCUACCAAAAUAAUAAUAGCAACAGGCCCCCUCAAAAAGUUCUUUCUUUCAGUUUUCUUGUUUAGUUUUUGUGGACUUGUUUUUUGUUGCGCUUCUCUCAUAGUUUGUGGUUGAAGAGUGAAGACUUUGGACAGUUUUUUUUUUGCAGAAUGGGGCGAUUUGAAUUUCCCUGACAUUAAUGAUACUUUGCUGUCAACUUUGUAAGUUUGAAAAUCAAAGGAAAGAAAGGCAUAAUUUUAAAGAAGUCUUGCAGCUCUUGCUAUAAAUGAAUUUGCAUGUCUUUGCGUCCCUGACUGUGGUAUUGCUACUGAGUGAACCUGGUUUGGAUCUUAAGUUAUAGCCGUGGCUGGUAUUUGGCUUAGUGAGAAAAAUUUGAUUUGGGUGGUUAAUAUAAUUUACAACUCUUUCUAAUUCACGCUUUGUUGCUAUGUUGCACCUGUCCUCUAGUAUUGGAAGGGAUGUUCUUGGUAUCCCGAUGAUAUCUACACACCUGUUUUGUAAAGAAUGCAACUCUUCUGCAAUGUACUUUUGCAAACCGCCUCACAGUGGGUGGCAUAUUCGAGAAGUGGGCGUAUUUUGGUACAAUAAUAUAUCCUGAUGCUGAUCUCUUUAGGUAGGUUUGCUUUCAUACAUUCCCUUAAAAAAUACAAUCUCUUGCUGGCUUUCUUUACAGUUUGACUUCAACAUGGUAAUUCCAACAUAGGUUGACAGUUUAAACAAGAACCCCUUUAACCCACUCCUUGACAAGCGUUUUUAAAGAAGAUUUUAUAGUAUGUUUAUAUGUUUGACCAAUACAAGGGUGAGGAUUCUGUGAUUUUAAGAGCUGUGCAGCUGCAAGCUGUAACCUAAUUAAGAAUAGAUGAAAUGACAAUAAUAAUAGUGAUAUUAGAUUGUUACAAAGAAUAAUAAUAUCAAAAGUAGGUUGAGUUUGUCCGGGUGAACGUAGUCUCCAUUUUGGUGACGUCCGCCAGUGUGACAACACAAUUUGUGCUUUGAACUAAAAAUGCAAAAAAAGUUUUCAGUCAUUAAUUGUAGUCCAUCGAGCAAGUUUACUUAACAAAUAACAAAAAUCAUAAGAUAUACGGAAAUUUAGCACACAUGCAACAUUUGAGGGGUAGUUUGGUCCCAUCGUGGCAAUGGGGUUUUGAAUGUUCAAAACUAUGUGCCUAAAAUUUAAAUUAUCGUGACACAUCUAUUUUAGCUAUUUUGUCUGCGAUCUUGCUUUCAGUUUAUUGAUAUUUUUUGACCUUCACCUUCACAAUUCUGCAGUUAUUUCUUGUGGUAAAAUUGUAGAGCUGAGUCUGAUGUGUUUUUUUUCUUUUCAUUUUGCUAGAUUUUUUUGUUGUGUCCAAAGAUAGACAAUGAUAAUGAAUGUGUUAUGAAAAAUUAGCAACAUUGAGUUGUUGGAAUAUGUUUUUUUUAUUAGAAAGGGGAAAUAACAGAGAAUUUACUAGAAAGAGUCACCGAAGAAGGCUACAUCAUUGACUUAAAGCAGCACCAGGUGAUGCAAACUAUUAUUACAGUGCUGCCAUUCUUUAAAUAGGGUUCAAAGCCGGUCUGGUGAAAAUCUUAUUUUGCUUAUAAUAUUAUUAAUAUUGUGAGUCCCAUCAUUAUAAUGUAAGUGAUUGCCAUAUGUGUGUUCAGUUUAUUUCUUUCCUGAUUGUCUAAAAUGAAAAUUGGGAGUUAAGUUAAAAUGACCAGCUUUACUAAAUAAAUGCUUGUUGUUUAAUUUUACAAAUUAUUUUCCAUAUUUCCAAAUGGUCCAGCAGGUACAAAUUUAAUUAUGAAAUUAAUCACUAAGAGUUCAGAUACAUUGCAUGUUGUGUGACUGACACAUUUCUUUUUUUCUUUAUAAAUCAACAGGAUAAGGAAAAUGACCUUUGCAAUUCCAAUGUACAAGUAAUUUUGAUAUUAAAGGAGUUAUGGAUCAGGUGCUUAAUGCAUGGCUGAAUGCUUUGGGGAUCCUCAUGAAGAAUAAAUACAUAAUGUAUGUGAAUUUGAUAAUUAUAAUAAUUAAUGCAUUGGCUGAUGUGCUUCGUUAUGAAAUUAGAAUUAAUCAUCACAAUCACAGCUGAUUGGAUUUAAUUACAAUAAAUAUUGACAUAUGUAUUUUGAUUCUUACAUGUACAGCUCUGUUUAAUCUAAGAGUUGUUACUUUUGUUCUUAAUUUCCUUCUCCCUAUGCAACACCUGCCUAUUCUCAUCACUCUUUCCUUUUCAUAAUUUGUCUACAAAUUCCUUAAUUCUUUUCUCUUAAAGGUUGAAUCUGUGGCUUACACCAUGAUGACUGUUUGUUAACUAAUUGACUAGUAUGUAUGUCUGUGGAUGCUGUAAGUUUGAUUUGAUUUUUUGUUUCAGGUUUAGAAAACAAAACUGUGUUAUCAUAACACUUUCAAGUGUUACACAUGUAGCAAUAGUUCAGAGUCAGAUUAAAAGGUAAUUACGCAUAAUCCGUUUUCCAAUCCAUGUUACUGAGCCUGAAACUUUCUUUUCUUCAUUGUUAUUUAUCAUUGUAAGAGUGGAUUACUUUGUUGAGAAUGAGUAAUAAAUCCAACUCCUUCGAAAAUGAUCUACUGAAUUUCCAAAAAGGACCCGUUCCGUACAAAAGGUGAUUCAUCAUUUUGUUUACUAUAAUAAAAUCUAACCUAUUAAGCGUAAAAGUGAUUUAUCUCUAAUCCAAUCGAAAGGUGGUUAAUAUUACAGCUCCUAGUAAUGUAAUGGCAAAGUAAUAAAAACAAAAGAAAAAAAAUGUCACACUAUAAUUUUCAGAAAAUAUUGACAUACUUGAUUUUUUUAAUGACUGCAAAUUGUGUCUCUGAGGACAUUAUUAUUAUUAUUAUUAUUGUUAUGACUCAAAUAUAUUGUUAUUGUGUGUGUAAGUAAUUUCAAUCAGAAUUUUUCCUAAUUGUGUUGAAGAUACGCCUAGAAUGCCUGACACACGCCUCCCCAAGAGAGGGAAAUGGCAACAGGGUGGACAAAAGAGGCAAAGCACUAUAAGACUGUCUCAAAGCAUUGCUGUAAAUGUUUGAUAUAGAUGUUGAAACCUGGGAGACCUUGGCUCUAGACCAACCUGCCUGGCAUAGCAAAGUCAACAAAGGCACUGUCCUUUUUUAGCUAAACAGGAUAACAGGGGCUGAGAGGAAGUGUGAGCUGCGCAAAUCCAAAGUGAUCUCCUUGACACCUGCUUAAGAAAAUCGCCAGUGUCUGGUAUGCGGCAGAGCCUUCUGCCCAUGAUUGGAUUGAUCAGCCACAGUGGGAAACACUGCACCUAAUACCUCUCUCACGUGAUGUUCUUGGGCAUUGCUAACAACAACAGACAAACAACAACAAAGACUGGAGUCAGAUAACAAGGUAAUACAUUGGGUAUAAUGGUUGGACAGUAAUAGUUAUUCAUACUAGCUAAAGUACCAAAUUGGAAUCAUUGCAUGUGUGUUUGAUAAGCAUUGAAUUAAGAAAUGAAUUUAAUAUAUUGCAUUUUAAUUUGUGCUGUCAAUUAAGCAAGGUUUGUUAGUCUAUAUGUUGCAAGUAAUGUGGUAUUUCAGGUUGAUUUGUUUCAACCUAGGUCAAAAUAUAGUAUUAUUGAGCACUACACAUCUGCUUUAAGUCUAUUAGCGUUGUUUGAAUGAUAUUAAAAAGUUAACUGGGGGAAGAUAUGAAAGCUGUGAGUUUCCUCAGUUUGCUUCCAGGUGAUGUUUCUUGUAACAAGAACACUCCUACAGCAGAAUUCAGUCUUGCAGCCAGGGGUCUUACAACCAGGGGUCUUAUAACCAGGGGUUCUUACAACCAGGGGUCUUACAACCAGUGGUCUUCCAACAAGGGGUCAUUUCAACUAGGGGUCUUACAACCUGGGGCCUUACAAUAAGGAGUUCUUACAACAAUGGGUCUUACAGCCAGGGCUUCUUACAACCAGGGGUUCUUGCAAGCAGGGUUCUUACAACAAAGAGUUUUACAACCAGGGGACUCACAACAGGGGUUCUUACAACAAAAGGUUAAUACAACUGGUGGUAUUACAACAAUGGGUUCUUACAACUACGGGUCUUACAAUGAGAGGUUCUUAGAACCAAAGCUCAUACAACCACGGUUUCUUAGAACCAGGGGUUCUUACAACCAGGGGUCUCACAACCAGUUGUUCUUACAACUAGGGGUCUUACCUCUAGGGGUUCGUACAACCAGGGGUCUUACAAUAACGGGUUCUUUUAACCAGGAGUCUUAUGACCAGGGGUUCUUACAACCAGGGGUCUUACAACCGUGGGUCUCACAACCAGGGGUCUUACAUCUAUGGGUCCUUACAACCAGGGGUUCUUACCACAAGGGGUUUUAUAAUCAGGGUUUCUUACAACCAGGUGUCUUAGAACCAGUGUUCUUACAACCAGCGGUUCUUUUAACCAGGGGUCUUACAACCUGGGGUCUUACAACCUGGGGCCUUACAAUAAGGUGUUCUUACAACCAGGGGUCUUACAACUGGGGUUCUUAGAACCAGGAAGUCUUACAACCAGUGGUUCUUACAACCAGGGCUCUUUUAAUCAGGGGUUCUCACAUACAGGGAUCUUACCUCUAGGGGUUCUUACAACCAGGAUUCUUACAACAAGGGGUUCUUAAAACCAAGGGUCUUACAAACAGGGGUUCUUACAACCGCGGGUCUUGCAACCAGGGGUUCUUACAACUUGGGGUCUUACAACCUGGGUUCUUACAACCAGGAGUUCUCACAACCAGGAGUUUGAAAACCAGGGGUUUUUACAACCAUGGAUUCUUACAACCAGAGGUUUUAUAACCAGGGGUCUUACAUCCACGGGUUCUUCCAACUAGGGAUUCUUACAACCCGGGGUUCUACAACCAGGGGUUCUUACAACCGGGGGUCUAACAACCAGGGGUACUUACAACAAAGGGUCUUACAACCAGGGGUACUUACAACAAAGGGUCUUACAACCAGGGGUUCUUACGAGUAGGAGUUUUACAACCAUGGUUUCUUAGAACCAAGGCUCUUACAACUAGGGGUUUUACAUCCAGGGAUUCUUACAACCAGGGGUCUUACAACCAGGGGUCCUACAACCCGGGGUUCUUACAACUGGGCUUCUUACAGCCAGGGUUUCUUACAACCAAGCUCUUACAACUAGGGGUUUUACAACAAGGGGUUCCUACAAUGAAGGCUCUUACAACUUGGGGUCUUACAUCCACGGGUUCUUACAACCAGGAGUCUUAAAACCAGGGGUUCCUGAAACUAGGGGUCUUACAACCAGGGGUUGUUACAACCAAAGGUCUUACCACCAGACAUCUUACAACCAGGAGUUUUUACCAAUGGGGAAGUUACAACCAGGGGUUCUUACAACAGGGGGUCUUACAACCUGGGGUUCUUACAACCAGAAGUUCUCACAACCAGGGGUCUUACAUCUACGGGUUCUUACAACCAGGGGUUCUUACCACAAGGGGUUUUAUAAUCAGGGUUUCUUACAACCAGGGGUCUUACAAGCAGGGGUUGUUACAACCAGGGGGUCUUACAAGCAGGGGUUCUUAAAACCAGAGGUGUUAAAACCAGGGGUUGUUACAACCGGGGGUCUUAUAACCAGAGGUUCUUACAUCCGGGGGUCUAACAACCAGGGCUUCUUUCAACCGGGGCUCUUACAACCAAAGGUUCUUACAACUGGGGGUCUUAAAACCAGGGUUCUUACAACCGGGGGUCUUACAGCCAAGGCUUGUUACAACCGGAGGUCUUCCAACCAGGGUUUUUUACCACUGGGGGUCUUACAACCAGGGCUUCUUACAACAAGAGGGUCUUACAUCCAGGGGUCUUACAAGCAGGGGUUCUUACAAGCAGGGGUUAUUACAACCAUUGGUCUUACAACCAGGGGUUCUUAUUACCAGGGGUCUUACAAACAGGAAUUCUUACAACAAGGGGUUCUUACAACUGGGGGUCUUACAACCACAGGUUCUUACAACCAGGGGUCUUACAACCAGGGGUUCUUACAACUGGGGGUCUUACAACCAGGGGUUCUUACCACUGUGGGUCUUACAACCAGGGGUUCUUACAACCGGGAGUCUUACAACCACAGGUUGUUACCACCGGGGGUCUUACAACCAGGGGUUCUUACAACCUGGGGGUCAUACAACCAGGGAUCUUACAAGGAGGGGUUCUUACAACCAGAGGUCUUACAACCAGGGGUUGUUACAACCAAGCGUCUUAUAACCAGGGGUUCUUACAAGCGGGGGUUUAAGAACCAGGGGUUUUUACAACCAGGGGUUCUUACAACCAGGGGUCUUAAAACUAGGGGUUCAUGCAACUAGGGGUCUAACAACCAGGGGUUUUUACAACCAGGGGUCUUUUAAUAAGGGGUUCUUACUACCGGGGAUCUUAAAAGCAGGGUUCCUACGAUAAGGGGUUUUUACAAUUAGGAGUUUUAGAACCAUGGGUUCUUACAGCCAGUUGUGUUAUAAUAAUGGUUUCUUACAACCAGGGGUCUUAUAACCAGGGGGUGUUACAACCAGGGGUUCUUAAAACCUGGGAUCUUACAAUAAAGGGUUCUUAAAGCCAGGUUUCUUACAUGCGGGGAUCGGACAAGCGGGGUUCUUACAACCAGGGGUUUUUAGAACCAGGGUUCUUACAUUAGGGCUUCUUAUAACUAGGGGUCUUACAAUCAGGGAAUGUGACAAGCAGGGGUCUUACAACCAGGGGUUCUUAGAAGAAGGGGUCUUACAACCAGGGUUUGUACGACUAAGUCUCUUAGAAGCAGGAAUCUUACAACCAGGGGUUCUUACAACCAUUGGUCUUACAACCAGACGUCCUACAACCAGGGGUUCUUACAACCGGGGUUCUUAGAACCAGGAGGUCUUACAACCACCGGUUCUUAAAACCAGGGCUCUUUUAAUCAGGGGUUCACACAUCACGGGAUCUUACCUCUAGGGGUUCUUACAACCGGGGUUCUUAGAACCAGGGUUCUUACAACAAGGGGUUCUUACAACCAGUGGUCUUACAAACAGGGGUUCUUACAACCACGGGUCUUACAACCAGGGGUUCUUACAACUGGGCUUCUUACAGCCAGGGUUUCUUACAACCAGGAGUUCUCACAACCAGGGGUCUUACAUCUAUGGGUUCUUACAACCAGGGGUUCUUACCACAAGGGGUUUUAUAAUCAGGGUUUCUUACAACCAGGGGUCUUACAUCCAGGGGUUCUUACAACCUGGGGUCUUACAACCAGGGGUUGUUACAACCAGGGGUUCUGACAACCAGGGGGUCUUACAACCAGAGGUGUUAAAACAAGGGGUUGUUACAACCGGGAGUCUUAUAACCAGAGGUUCUUACAACCGGGGUCUAACCACCAGGGCUUCUUUCAACCGGAGCUCUUACAACCAAACAUUCUUAACCGCGGCUCUUACAGCCAGGGCUUGUUACAACCGGAGGUCUUCCAACCAGGGUUUUUUACCACUGGGGGUCUUACAACCAGGGCUUCUUACAACAAGAGGGUCUUACAUCCAGGGGUUCUUACAAGCAGGGUUUAUUACAAUCAUUGGUCUUACAACCAGGAGUUCUUACUACCAGGGGUCUUACAAACAGGAAUUCUUACAACAAGGGGUUCUUACAACUGGGGAUCUUACAACCACAGGUUCUUACAACCAGGGGUCUUACAGGGGUUCUUACAACUAAGGGGUCUUACAACCAGGGGUUCUUACAACUAAGGGGUCUUACAACCAGGGGUUCUUACAACCUGGGGGUCGUACAACCAGGGAUCUUACAAGCAGGGGUUCUUACAACCAGAGGUGUUACAACCAGGGGUUGUUACAACUGAGCGUCUUAUAACCAGGGGUUCUUACCACCGUUGGUUUAAGAACCAGGGGUUUUUACAACCAGGGGUCUUAAAACUAGGGGUUCAUGCAACUUGGGGUCUAACAACCAGGGGUUUUUACAACCAGGUGUUUUUAAAACCAGGGUUCUUACAACCAGGUGUUCUUUCAAGCAGGGGUCUUACAACCAGGGGUUCUUACAAGCAGGGGUCUUUUAAUAAGGGGUUCUUACUACCGGGGAUCUUAAAAGCAGGGUUCCUACAAUAAGGGGUUUUUACAAUUAGGAGGUUUAGAACCAUGGGUUCUUAAAGCCAGUUGUGUUAUAAUAAUGGUGUUAUAAAGCAUGGGUCUUAUAACCAGGGGGUGUUACAACCAGGGGUUCUUACAAACAGGGGUUCUUAAAACCUGGGACCUUACAAUAAAGGGUUCUUAAAGCCAGGUUUCUUACAUGCGGGGAUCGGACAAGCAGGGGUUCUUACAACCAGGGGUUUUUAAAACCAGGGUUCUUACAUUAGGGCUUCUUAUAACUAGGGGUCUUACAACCAGGCAAUGUAACAAGCAGGGGUCUUACAACCAGGAGUUCUUAGAAGAAGUGGUCUUACAACCAGGGUUCGUACAACUAGGUCUCUUAGAAGUAGGAAUCUUACAAGCAGGGUUCUUACAAGCAGGGGUUCUUACAACCAUUGGUCUUACAACCAGACGUCCUACAACCAGGGGUUCUUACAACUGGGGGUCUUUAAAACGACAGGUUCUUACAACCAGGGUUCUUACAACCAUUGGUUCUUACUACCUGGGGUCUUACAAAGAGGAAUUCUUACAACCCGUGGUUCUUUCAACCGGGGGUCUUACAACCAGAGGUUCUUACAACCGGGGGUCUUACAACCAGGGGUUCUUACUACCAGGGGUCUUACAAACAGGAAUUCUGACAACCAGAGGUUCUUGCAACCAGGGGUUCUUACAAGCGGGGGUCUUACAACCAGGGGUUCUUACCACCGGGGGUCUUACAACCCAGGGUUCUUACAACCUGGUGGUCUUACAACCAGGGGUCUUACAAGCAGGGUUCUUACAACCCGAGGUCUUACAACCAGGGAUUGUUACAACUGGGCAUCUUAUAACCAAAGUUCUUACAACCAGGGGUCUUCCAACUAGGGAUUUUUACAACCGUUGGUUCUUACAACCGGGGGUCUUACAACCAGGUGUUCUUACAACUGAGGGUCUUACAACCAGGGGUUUUUACAACCGGGGGUCUUACAACACGGGGUUUUUUACAACUGGGGGUCUUACAGCCAGGGGUUCUUACAACCGGGGGUCUUACAACUAGGGCUUCUUACAACCGGGAGUCUUACAACCAGGGGUUCUUAAAACCUGGGGGUCUUACAACCAGGGGUUCUUACAACAAGAGUUCUUACUACCAGGGGUUGUUACAACCGGGCAUCUUAUAACAAGGGGUUCUUACAACCGGGGGUUUUUAGAACUAGGGGUUCUUACAACCGUGGGUCUUACAACCUGGGGUUGUUAAAACCGGUUGUCUUUAAACCGGGGGUCUUAGAACCAGGGGUUUUUACAACCAGGGGUUUUUACAACCGGGGGUCUUAGAACCUGGGGUUUUUACAACCAGGGGUUCUUACAACCAGGGGUCUUAAAACCAGGGGUUUUACAACCAGUGGUUGUUACAACCAGGGGUCUUACAACCCGGGUUUCUUACAACCGGGG